ACGUGUCCAUUUUAUAUCUGUCCAUUCUUCUUCCCCUUUUUUUUAUCUCUCCGACUCCCUCCUUCCUCUUCCUUUCAUUCUCUCUCUUUUUCCUCUCUUUUCUCUUCCUCCGCCUCCGCCAUGGACGACGCCUCCUCCGACAACGACUUCACAUCCACCAGUUCCGGUUUAUCCUCCAUACUCAGCACCGACGAUUUCCGAAGCUCAUCUAGUUCCGGUGAUGUCUCUGUCACCAGCACUAGUUCCGGUGAGAUUCCGGCUGUUAUUGUAGCGGAGGCUGCUAUAGAAACGAGGUCUGUAGAAUUAAGCACGCCGGUUUCGGAACUUCCGAGACGGAAGUGCAUCGGGAGAAAUAACAGGGCGGGACUACACUGGGGACUUACUUCGGUUAUCGGACGGCGGAGGGAGAUGGAAGACGCUAUCGCUGUUAAGCCGGGAUUUAUGUCUUCGAGAUGCGAUCACGUCGGGGGAUGUACGGCUCCAGGUUCUAGAACCUCCGGAGAGAUCUCGCCGCUUCAUUUCUUCGCCGUGUAUGACGGUCACGGCGGCUCUCAGGUGGCCAAAUUCUGUUCGGAGAGAAUGCAUGAAGUGAUAGCGGAAGAGUGGGGAAGAGAAGGAAUCAAUGGCCAUGAAUGGCAGAAGAGAUGGGAAGUUGCCUUCUCUAAUGGCUUCCAGAGGACUGAUAAUGAGGUGGUUUCAGAGGCCGUGGCAACUGACAUGGUUGGAUCUACGGCGGUCGUGGUUGUUCUAUCUGGCUGCCAGAUUAUUGCAUCCAAUUGCGGCGACUCUCGGGCGGUUCUUUGCCAACGGAAUAAAACGAUUCCAUUGACAGUGGAUCAAAAGCCUGAUAGACAGGAUGAACUCUUGAGAAUUGAAAGAGAUGGAGGCAAAGUCAUAAACUGGAUGGGUGCUAGAGUUCUUGGAGUUCUUGCCAUGUCAAGAGCCAUAGGGGAUCGAUACCUUCGGCCGUGGAUAAUUCCAGUGCCGGAGAUUAGUUUCACGACAAGGAGUGAUGAGGAUGAAUGUUUAGUUCUGGCAAGUGAUGGACUUUGGGAUGUAAUGACAAAUGAAGAGGUUGGGCAGGUAGCUUGCCAUCUUCUUAGGCGGCUCCGCAGGUCAUCGUCGACUACGGACGACACACCUCCAGCACAGAUUGUGGCUAAUAAUCUCACUGAAAUAGCAUAUGGAAGAAACAGUUCCGAUAACAUUUCUGUUAUUGUCAUCGAUCUGAAAGCAAGGAAAGCAAACACACAGAGGCAAUGACAGAAACAUGAUGUCUGGAAGGCAAGGUUCUAAUAGCUCCACCCCGUUCUCAUCCAUAACUAAUAGAUAGCAUAAUACCAUCUUUGUUUCCUUCACUGUUCUCACCACUCUCCAUCAAAAAACAUGUACAGAGCCCACUAACAAAAAUGAAAAAUCUGCUUUGCUUGGUCAUAGAGAGAAAUUGUUCUCUCUCUAAAACCUUCCUAUCAAUUUGAAUUGAUUUUUCUUUUUUC